UUAUAAUAAAAUCAUUUUUAUGGUAACUUAAUACUAUACAAUAGGUAUUUAAAUAUCUUAAAACAAAUAUUCUAUCUGUAUUAUUAACUGUGAAAGAUGUCUAAUAACGAGGAGAGCACUAAUAUGUCACAAGAAGAAGUUUUACAUAAAUUCGUUAAUCGAAUAUUUAACAAUGAUCAAUUUCGAGAAAAAAUAAUGAUGCCAAAUGUGAUGGGACGGCCAGUAGUAAAAUCGGUAGAAGAAAAAACAUUAGAYUCAAUUACUGAAAGUUGUGCAUUUAAGUGCAUUCUAAGCGGUGUGAUGGGUUUUGCUCUUGGUGGAGCCAUUGGUCUUUUUACUUCUAGUGUAAAUCCACAAAUAAAACCACCGGGUCAGCAAGAAACAGUCAAAGAAAUUAUACGUGAAAUGAAAACUUCUUCACUUGGUUAUGCAAAAAACUUUGCUUUACUUGGAGCCGUAUUCUCUGGGAUUGAAUGCAUUGUAGAGACAUAUAGAGGUCAAUCCGACUGGAAGAAUGGUACUUAUGCAGGUGGAAUAACUGGUGGAUUAAUAGGAUUUAGAGCUGGAGCCAAAGCAGGUUUACUCGGCGCAUUAGGUUUUGCUACAUUUUCCACUGCAAUUGAUUAUUAUAUGCGUAAUUCAUCAUAAAUAUUUUUAUUUUUAAUUAAUUUUAUUGCUGUAAAUAGAAUGUUAAUUAGAUUCUUUAAUUGUAGAAAAAUAAAACAUUAUGACUUAUAUUUGUA